AAUGUCUUCGGAUAGACUUAUUUAAUCUGAUAAUAGCUAAACAAAUUCAUAAAUGGAUUAGAAUAAGACUUCUAAAAUAAAGGAAAAUGAAGUUGGCUAUAAAAAGUAUAAGUUUGACAGUUUAACAAAAUCAUAAUUUUGGGCAUAUUGUAUGGGUCAUAUGCUUAAUGAUUUAUCAGCAGCAUGUUGGUUUAAGUAUUGAAUAAUAUAAAUAUUAUAGCUACCUGUUAUUUUAUUUGAAAAGAAUAAUACAGGUUGAUUUUGGUUCAUAUGCAAUGUUGUCAGGAUAAGUGGCUGAUGCUUUGGCAACUCCAUUGGUUGGAUAUUAUAGUGAUAGAACAAAGACAUCAAUAGGAAAGAGAAUUCCAUGGUAUAUCGGGUAUAUCUGAUGAAUAAAUUAAAGGGGAUAUUUUGUAAUAAUCUUUUCAUUUUUGCCAGUUUGGAAUGGAAAUCUAUUAUUAGAUUGGAUGGGGGUGAAUGAUAAUACAAUAGUAUAAGUAAUUAAUUGUAUAUUAAGAAAAGGCAAUUUAUUAUACUGUGUUUCCAGCAGUCUUUAAUUUUGGUUGGGCAUCAUUACAAAUAAGUCAUAUGUCUUUAGUUCCUAGUUUAACAUGUAGUAGAUCAAGAAGAGAUAAAUUAAAUUCAAUAAGGAAUACAUUUUAAUUCAUAGCUGUAUUAAUAGUAUAUGCAACAGCAGUAAAUCCCUUAUUUUAAUAUAGUUAAUAUUUUUUUCAUUAGCAAAUAGUGCAGAAGGUUCAGAUUCAGCUUAAGCUUUUUAAUAUUUAUCAUUGAUUUGUGUUGCUAUUGGAACAGCCACAUCUGUAUUUUUUAUAAUUCAAAUUAAUGAACCUAAAUUAACCUCUGAUUGUACUAAAUAUGCAAGAAUAUUAUUGAGAAUUUUGAAAGAUGUAUAAUAUUGAAUAAUAUAAUUAAUUAGAGAUAAAAUGGUAGUAGCAAUUAAAAAAAUAAGUCGCAAGAAUAAAAAAUUACAAGAAAUUAAGUUUAAGAUGAAUAAAAAUAAACUCUUUCUAGUGAUGAUUUAUAAAAGUCAACAUCUGAAUCUCAAAUAGAUGGAUUAGGAAAUGUGAAAUUAACAGAUGUUGAAUUUACAGAUGAUGAAGGAGAAGGUCUAAAUAAAUAAAAAGCAAAUAGAGGAUCUAUGUCUGAAGAUGUACAUGAUUGGAAGUAUUUUUGUUACAUAAAUUUAAAUAGAGAAUGGUUUACUUAAAUGGCUUUUUAUAGAUUUGGAAUGGUAUACAUGUUCUUUAGGCUAUAUUGCAAUGUUUCAUCGACUAUGAUUUCUUUUUAUAUUGCAAGUGUUUUAAAAUUUACAGAUCCAAAUGAUGAAGAAGUCAAAGUUCCUAUUUAAGUGGCAUUAAUUCCUUUAUCUCUAUACAUUAUGAGUGUUUUGACUAGUGCAUCCUUAUCAAAGUUUUAUUAAUUACUUGGUAAGAAAGUAACAUUAACGUAAUUAUUAAAAAUAUCAAAAGUAUUGGAACAAUAUUAUGUUUAUUAUCAUCAUCUGUUUUAAUCUUUUUAAAUGAAGAUAAUUCAUAUUUUAUGUAUAUAGUAUCUCCAUUUAUUGGAAUAGCAUAAGCAAUCACUUUAAAUACUGGAAUUACACUUAUUAGUGAUGUCAUUGGUUUAAAAGGAUCUAGUGGAGCUUUUGUUUUUGGUGCAUAUAGUUUUUUAGAUAAAAUUUCAUCUGGAAUUGCUCUUUUUUUUUGUUCUUAUGGUAGUGUGCUCGAUGAUCAAAAUUUAGUUCGUUGGUUAACUGUUCUUGUACCAUCAAUAUCUUGUUUUGCAGGGUGUUUAUUGGUUGUAACAGCUCCAACUAAAUAAUAAGAUGAAAAUCUUGAAAUUCAAAAGAAAGAUGAUAAACGGACAAAAUCUUUGGUAGAUGAAUUGGCUACUUGA